GGUUUGCGGUACUUCCAUUCAAGUUAAUUGUCAGCGACCGCCGACGAUGUCUCUACUCCAUAAACGUCCCUCUGCACUAUUGUCACCAUCGUCACUAAUUAGAAAUGUUUCUACCUCCCCGUACGGUCGCUCGCAUAUCUUCAAGCGACGUCUGCCCAAACUGCCCAACCCAGUUGUUCCUCACUUCCCUCAGCGUGUGGUUCGUGCGGACGGUUCAUCAUACAUGCAAUGGACGACUUCACCACGCUCACGAAUACAUUUAACGCGCGACACAACAAAUAACCCUCUGUGGAAUGCCACACAACGUUUGAGCGGAGCAGUUGGUGAGGGAGGCAUAGAAGAUGAAGAGCAGGAGGGCACUGGUCGUUUAGGACGCUUCAGGAGAAAAUUCGGACAGGAAGUUGGUGUGGGAGAGUGGACUGAGCUUCAAGAGGGUGUUGAGGCUGAAGUCGAGCCCCCACUGAGCAAGAAGCAAAAGGCUGCCCCGAAGAAAUAAGUGCGUCUCGUCUCUUCAGGUAGGUUUUCCCUUGGAAUAAUUGAUAAUGCUAUCUUACUGGCGUUUUUCAGCCCCUCGCUACUCCGUUAGCACUUGUUAUUUCUUUACUCCGCGUCUGCGCUACUUCCUGGUUCUGAUUAAUUCCGCCACCAUGUCAUAACUAGGUAUACUCAUCGAGCUCGUAACUUCUUCGCGCGGACUGUCCGGCAUUUGAGUGUAUCGUUGAAAUUGAUCACCAUAUGCAUAUUGCAGCAUUCUAUGGCGCAAGGAUAGACGUUUCACAUCUACUUCAACUGCAGGAUCCUACUUUUUAUCUUCCUAGACUGUUUUUUGUGGUUUGUUUUGUUACUAAACUUGACGUCGUCACACUUCACUCGUACCGGUCACUGUCCUUUACAAGUCUUCAACCACUCUUAACAACUGUCUUGUGUAGAUGAAACGCCCCAUCGGAGAAAUCAACGAGUGUCCCAAUCGAACGAAAUCAACACAAG